CAGCAGCGCGUGUCGCUGAAACUCUUCCUCCACUACGAUACGUGCAUGGCCAACCCUCGUCAACGCCGCAAGAGAAAGUCAGGCCAUGCGCCCAUAUCGCACUCAAGGCGGGCGAAGAAAAUGCUGAAGAAAAUGCCCACUAUACGUGGUCCAAAAGCGCUACAGGAUGCCUGGGACAAGGCAAAGACAGUCCGCCAAAAUUAUCUAGCAUUUGGUCUGCAGCAUACCCUUAAUCCCAUCCCAUCCGGUGGCACCGAAGUAGACCUUCGACAAGGUUGUCCCGAUAGAGUUAAGACCGAAAUUCAUAGCUGUCACGAAGGCGAGAAGGAUCCGGAUGGACUUUCUGUCGUGAAGAAAGUUGUGCCCAGUGGGUUUGGAAGGAUCGUGCGAGACGAGACCGGUGUGGUAAUCGGGGUCGAGCUUGCUGAAGACGAAGAGCGGGGGCCGGUGCCAGAUAUGGAGACGCUAGAACCAUGUGCAGCAGACGCCGACCGGCAGGUGUGGGCACAAGGGGGCACUGCGGACGACAAUAUGACGAGCCCCGCGGAGAGUAGUGUUAUCAGAAGGCUCGAAAGGCUUUCGGAGCAUACGGAAGUCAGGGUGCGGCAUACGUCACAAGGCGAGCGGAUGUAUAUGGCACGGUUGGCAAAGAAGUAUGGCGAUGACUACGAGAAGAUGGCUCGAGAUCGGCGAUUGAAUCCGGAGCAGAGGACAGUCGGGCAGUUGAAGAGAGCAGUCGGGAAGGCCGGUGGCAUCGCAGAGCUUUGCAGGGAAUGACUGCAGCCGGGUGUGUGUGUGACGAGGUAUGACGCCUGCGACGGAUAUGUCGGCGGGCCGGUCCGUGGCCUGGAUGGAGGUAAAUUGCGUGACAUGUCACAGGUGUCACCAUCCGGAGAUAUGCAGGAUCCAUGGCUGUGCGAGGGUGCGGUGGCAUCGGAAGCAAUUCUGGCAUAACGUUCUUGUCGAUCUAUUCGCUACAGCAUGGCGCGCGCGCUGCUUGCCGUCCGCUAACAUAUACACUUUCUUGAUACGACACGAGGCUAGAUGAUUCAGAGCUAACUGAGAUAUUGUAUCUGAUACGGGUGGAGCCACCUGUAUGAACCGGCUACUGCCAACUGGGAUAUAUGUGUAUCCUCAUCAAACAAUAUUCUCGAGCGAUG